AUGAAUUCUGUCUAUCUGAAUGCAGUUACUCGAUGGAUGAGUGUACUUCUACCAAAAAUUCGACCUUUGCUUUACAAUAAUGGUGGACCAGUUAUAACCGUUCAGGUAGAAAAUGAAUAUGGCAGUUAUAAAGCAUGUGAUCAUGAUUAUACGAGUUACUUACGUGAUAUUUUCCGUCAAUAUUUAGGUGAUAAUGUUGCUUUAUUUAUGACUGAUUGUAACGGACCGCAUUAUCUAGAAUGUGGAACAACUAAGGGAGCAUAUUCAACUGUGGAUUUUGGUAUAAAGACUAAUAUCACUGAAGCAUUUAGUUAUCAACGUAUGUAUGCUCCCCAUGGACCAUUGGUAAAUUCAGAAUUUUAUCCUGGAUGGCUUGAUCUUUGGGGCAAUAAUCAUGCAAAAGUAUCAACGAGCGAUAUUAUUGAAACACUUGAUGAAAUGUUAUCCACUGGAGUGAAUGUAAAUAUUUAUAUGUUUUUUGGUGGAACAAAUUUUGGUUUUACUUCAGGUGCUGAUCCUGAUUAUCAACCACAGCCAACAUCAUAUGAUUAUGACGCACCAAUUUCAGAAGCGGGUGAUAUUACAUCGAAAUAUCUGGCUAUUCGUGCAUUAAUUGGUAAAUAUUUUCCAUUACCAUCAACAACUAUGCCAGGAAAUAAUACGAAAAAAGCAUAUGGAAGUGUUCAAUUAUCAUUUAAACAAUCAUUGCUAAGUUAUAUUAAAAGUCAUUCACCAUAUUGUGAAACAUUAAUGUAUCCAAAACGAUUUGAAGAACUUGGACAGAAUCAAGCGUUUGUUGUCUAUUCAACAGUAUUAAAAGAUCCAGAAGUACAAGGAAAAGUACUUGACUUAAGUGGAAUACGUGAUCGUGCUUAUGUAUUACUCGGCGAAAAAUCAAUUGGUACUGCUUAUCGAGCUAAUAGUUCAUCUAUAAAAUUGACUAUUGAAGCACCUGGAAAUCAAGAAACACAAUUAAAUAUUAUUGUAGAAAAUAUGGGUCGAUUAAACUUUGGUGAUAAUCUAUUCGAUACAAAAGGUCUUAUUAGUAAUAUUACAUUAAAUGGUCAGAUACUUUCCAAUUGGGCAAUGUGUAUAUCCGGUUCAUUAUUUGAUGAAGCUCCUGCUAAUUUAACUAUAAAUAAAUUUCAAGAUUUUGAUCCAAAUGCUCCAAAUAUUUAUAGUGGCAAUUUUUCAGUAACAGAUAAAGUUCCAUCAGAUACAUUUCUUUUACCAACAACGAUUUCUAAUGGAUAUUGGGAAAAGGGUAUAGCUUAUAUAAACAAAUAUAAUUUAGGUCGAUAUUGGCCAGUUAUGGGACCUCAAGUAACUUUAUAUACGCCUGGUAUAUGGCUCAAUCCAUCUACAACUAAUUCUAUAACAAUGAUUGAACUUCAAUCAUCACCAUACGGGUCUAAACAAACAUGUUCAAUUGAACUUGUCGAUUAUCCUAUUCUUGAUAAGCCAACAUUAUUCAGUGAACGGUUAUUAUUCAAACGACAACGUCAAUAG